UCUGACAAGUUUCCUGCUGUCGGUGGCAGGGCCUUAUUAAAGGGAAGCGUUGGUGCGGACUGCUCGGUCCCGGCAGUGUCCCUGCAGCAUGGCAGGGCUGGGGGGUGAGGGGGACCUGCGGCACCUGCUGAAGCUGCACCGCACCGAGAUCGCCAUGGCAGUGGACGAUGUCUUCCCAUUGCUGCAUGGCCUGGCUGACCACGAUGUUGUCCCUGAGCAUGUCUUCAAGGAGACACUGAGCCGGACGGAGCGGGAGGGCUCCCACCGUGCUUUCCACGCGCUGCUCACCUGGCUGCUGGGCCGCGACGCUGCUGCCGUCCGUGACUUCUGGGCUGUCCUCUUCAAGGACUACAACCUGGAGCGGUACACGCGGCUCCGGCCCCUUCGCGGUGCCUUCCCCAGAGAGGUGGAGCUGGGGCGGCAGCGCCGCAGCAGGCGCCUCUCCCCCAGCCCCACAGCACCAGCCCCGCACAGACCCCAAGGCAAGAGGAAAGCCCCCGAGGAGCAGGAUGGGGUCCGAGCAGCGCAGCCCUCCCCACGACAUGCUGCCAGCCCCGUGCCCCUGGUGAAGGUGAGGACUGUGAAGAAGCCAGAGGGCGCGGGUGCCCAUCGCACCCCUCGUGCCAGUGGCAGCUCCAAGAUGGGCAGCAAAGCCGGGGAUGAGCCAUACGUCCCAGCUGCCUCCGAGGAGCCAGGGGCCAGGAGCAGAAGCCGCAGCCUGAACAGGGAGCCCCAGCUGCACCCCCACGGCCGGCUGCUGGCACCCACCAUGCACAGCCAGGAGCCCACUCCCCUGGGGCAGGAGAACGAGGAUGAGUGUGCAGCAUGUGGUGAUGGUGGUGAACUCAUCUGCUGCGAUGGCUGCCCCAGGGCCUUCCACCUUGCAUGCCUGGUGCCCCCGCUGCCCUGUGUCCCCAGUGGGACAUGGCAGUGCGGCUCUUGUGUGGGGAGCACGGCUGAGCUGGGCCAGCUGCGGGAGGCAGCUGCAGUUGCAGAGCAACCCCCCGAGAUCCCAGGAGAGGAGGUAUGCAGCACCCAGCGUGGUGUAAAUGAUGGGAGCAUGUGCAGCCGCUGCUUGACCCAGAUACCCACAUCCCAACACUGCCCUGCACCCGGCAGGGACCCCAGGGGGCUGCUGCUCUGCACAUCCUGUGCAGGCACCCCAGACACAGGCAGCCUGGAGAACACUGCAGCAGCUGGUGCCCACACACUACAGGCAGCAAAGGUUGGUACAACCGGCAUCCAGUGCCGGUGGAGGGAAGAGGGCUGGGUGAGGUGGCCGUGCUGGGUAAGAAGGGCGUGAUGAGGCCAAGGAGCAAUGGGACAAUGAGGAGCGAUGGGGGACAGGCUG